AUGGGAAUUCAUGGAUUAUCGAAAGUCAUUGGGGAUUAUUCGCCAUCUGCUGUAAAAGAAAAUGAAAUUAAAAACUUUUUUGGACGAAAAGUGGCAAUUGAUGCUUCUAUGAGCAUCUAUCAGUUCUUGAUUGCUGUCAGACAAGAUGGCAGCACACUCACAAAUGCUGAUGGAGAAACAACAAGCCACUUAAUGGGAAUGUUCUACAGAACCAUCAGAAUGAUAGAGAAUGGUAUCAAGCCUGUUUAUGUGUUUGAUGGCAAGCCACCAGAGAUGAAAUCUGGAGAGUUAGCUAAGCGCAAGGAGAGGAGAGAUGAUGCAGAGAAAUCAUUGAAGGCAGCAGAAGCAGAGGGAGAUGCUGAAAAUGUUGAGAAGUUUCAGAAGAGAUUAGUGAAAGUUACAAAGCAACAUAAUGACGAAUGCAAGCAGCUGUUAGGUCUAAUGGGAGUGCCUUUCAUUGACGCCCCAUGUGAAGCUGAAGCUCAGUGCGCAUCUCUAGUCAAAUCAGGAAAAGUUUAUGCGGUGGGCACCGAGGACAUGGAUGCCCUGACCUUCGGCGCUUCUGUCGUUCUCAGACAUCUUACGUUCAGUGAAGCUAGGAAGAUGCCAAUAAAAGAAUUUCAUUUGGAGAGGAUUUUGAUGGACAUGCAGUUCACCAUAGAUGAGUUCAUAGACCUGUGCAUACUGCUCGGCUGUGAUUAUUGUGACUCCAUUAAGGGCAUUGGCCCAAAGAGGGCAGUUGAGCUGAUGAAGCAAUAUCGAUCCAUCGAGAACAUCAUCAAGAAUAUCGACAAGAAGAAAUACCCCCUCCCCGAUGUUUGGCCCUUCCAAGAAGCCCGCAGACUCUUCAAAGAGCCGGAAGUUGCUGAUGCUGAUACCGUGGAGCUGAAGUGGACAGAGCCCAAUGAAGAAGAAUUGGUUAAAUUCAUGGUUGGAGAAAAAGGUUUCAGCGAAGAAAGAAUUCGUAAUGGAGUGAAGAAACUUGAAAAAUCUCGGACCACAUCAACUCAAGGUCGUCUCGAUAAUUUUUUCAAGGUUACCCCGCUCACCAGCAGUGCUAAGAAGAGGAAGGAGACCGAUUCGAAAGGACCAGACAAGAAGAAGAGCAAGCCAAGUGGAGCAGGUCGCGGCAGGAAACCGAAGUAG